GACCAAACAAUUAAUCUGUAUUUAUAUAUUACCACUAAUGUCCUUCUUAUUCUUGUGUUUUCUAUUUUUUACUCAUUAUAAUUUUUUUCAGGAAUCAUUUAAAUGAGAUUAGAAAUCUUUUGCAAUCCCGUUCUGUAAAAAUGACGCUCUAUGUGGUACACAAACGGUUAACAGCUUUCGUUCUCUGCAAUGCCCGCCUCCGUAACUCACAUCGCUAAUAUGAUUGGCUUUGCAUUUCUUUAGUCCCGCCUCUCUAAUCACAUUGCUAAUAUGAUUGGAUUAGCAUUUCUUGAGUCCCGCCUCUCUAAAUCACAUCACUUUAUGGUUUGUCUUUACUCGCUACGUGUGAUAGGAUGGUUUCACUUUGUACAACGCGCCAAAGUUCACUCAAGACACGCGUGAUUAUUCGGGCUACAGUCUCAUCCUUCAGACUUGUGAGCAGACGAGCAUCACAAACUUAUGAGGAGUGAACCCGGGAAGACCAUAAAUAAAAUCUCACCAACAACACAUCCAGCUGUACUCUCAUCCGCAUACUUUUCCAGCAUUUCAUCUUUGACUCAUCUUGAGAUUUUAUUCGUGCGGUUUUUCACUUAUGUCCCGCAAAUCCAGCGAUGACUAUCAUCUACGUAGUAUGAGCAAUCUUAUGAGUGAGAGGAGAAAGCGAGUGUCGGAUGAUGGAGAACGGAGUCUCAUCAAGGCUCCGUCCAGCGCCAGCAUCAGUAGCAGCGCGCACGCAACCGCCGCGCCCGUCGCGUCCCCAGCGCCGGCGGACCUGGAGCGGGCAGCGCGCAAACAGUUCCAGCAGGAUGUCACGCCGAGCUUCGUCUACGUCCUGGCCGUGUUCUCCGCGAUCGGCGGCUUUCUGUUUGGCUAUGACACCGGGGUUGUCUCCGGUGCGAUGCUUCUGCUUAAGAGGGAAAUGAACAUCACUGUCCUAUGGCAGGAGCUGCUUGUGUCCGGGACCGUGGCCGCGGCGGCGGUGUCCGCGCUGCUCGGCGGGUGUCUCAAUGGGUUGUUCGGGCGGCGGGUGUGCAUCCUUUUGGCCAGCUUCACCUUCUCCAUCGGAGGAAUUGUGUUGGGAUCUGCUCCUAAUAAAGAAGCGCUGCUGGUUGGACGACUCAUAGUUGGACUGGGGCUUGGUAUUGCAUCUAUGACUGUUCCUGUGUACAUCGCUGAAACCUCUCCGUCUCAUCUGAGAGGACGUCUGGUCACUAUCAACACACUGUUCAUCACAGCAGGCCAGUUUGUAGCGAGCCUUAUAGACGGAGCCUUCAGCUACAUGCAUCAUGGAGGCUGGAGGUAUAUGUUGGGUCUGUCGGUGGUUCCUGCAAUGCUACAGUUCCUAGGGUUCCUGUUUUUACCAGAGAGCCCUCGCUGGCUCAUCCAGAAGGGUCUUACCCAGAAGGCCCGGCGCGUUCUGAGCCAAAUCCGUGGAAACCAGAACAUCGACGAGGAGUAUGAUACUAUCAAAAGCAGCAUAGAGGAGGAGGAAAAGGACUGUGGCGAAGGGGGCCCGGUGAUCUGGCGCAUGUUGACCUACCCUCCAGCACGCCGUGCUCUCAUCGUGGGCUGUGGACUUCAGAUGUUCCAGCAGCUUUCCGGCAUCAACACGGUCAUGUAUUAUAGCGCAACCAUUCUGCAGAUGUCAGGAGUUCGAGAUGACAGGUUGGCCAUCUGGCUAGUGACUGUGACAGCAUUCACCAAUUUCCUCUUUACCCUGCUAGGUGUUUGGUUGGUUGAACGGGUGGGCAGACGCAGACUUACUUUAGGGAGCAUCUGCGGCACUGUUUUGAGUCUUUGCAUCCUGGCUGUCGGUUUCCUUCUGUCAGCUCAGCAUUCUCCACCUGUCACACUACAUCUGACAGACCCCACAACACCCAACUCCAGCUGCACAGCUCAUGCGUCUUGUGAACCAUGUAUGUUGGACCCUGGCUGUGGUUACUGUUAUCAGGAAAACAACACUGCUGUGUUUGCCUCCUCAUGUGUACCAGUCAAUCCGGCUUCAACUGAGAGAGCAGCGUGGGGCAGGUGCUCCAACAACACAUAUGUGGUGGAUAGUGCUAUGUGGGCUUAUAACUUUUGUCCAACCUCUUACUCAUGGGUUGUUCUACUGGGACUAGUGCUUUAUCUUGCUUGCUUUGCCCCAGGCAUGGGACCUAUGCCCUGGACCGUAAAUUCUGAAAUUUAUCCUCUGUGGGCCAGAAGCACAGGCAACGCUUGUUCAGCUGGGGUGAAUUGGACCUUUAAUGUGUUGGUGUCAGUAACGUUCCUCCACAUGGCCCAGUACCUGACUUACUACGGUGCAUUCUUCCUUUAUUCUUCUUUCGCCCUGAUCGGUUUCUUUUUUAUUUACGGCUGUCUCCCUGAGACUAAGGGCAGACGACUGGAGGAGAUCGAGUCGCUGUUUGAAAACCAGCUGUGCUCGUGCGGCAUCUCAGAUUCAGACGAGGAUCGGCAGGUUGAAUACAUCAGGGUCAAAGGGUCAAACUACCACCUGUCGGACAACGAUGUGUCAGAUGUUGAAUAACAAGUAGAAGGGGAUGAGAAGGUAUCGAUUGAACAGACUCGCUCAACCCUGAUCCGCCUGCUUUACUGAUCAGGUUGAGUCCCUCUCAUCCCGAUGUUCACUGAGAUGGUGAAAACAGGGUUGCAGAGCACACACAAACAAAAACAUGCAGUGCCAAGUCAGUUGUUAUAGUGUUGUCAGUGGUUUUGCAUUGCGGCACAUGCAGAUCUACUGGCAAAUUACUUCACCGUUAGAUUAAUAUCCUUUGCUUAUUUAUGUAUAAUAUAUGCAUAAGGAUGUUGUUUUUUUCUGAUGUAACGUUUAAUGCGAACACAAUGCAAAUUUUAUAUCUAAAAAUGACCUUAAAUUAAAAAUACUAACCUGAUCCAAUUGCUAAACAUCAACAAAAUAUAAUAUGACAAUGUCUAUAAAUGUCAUUUUCAUGUCUCGGUGGCCUACUCAUUUAAAUCUUUGCAAAUAUUGAGGCUUUGAAAACUUGUAGCAUACCACGUUGUUUGUUUGUAAUAUGGGAUCUGCCUUUGAUUGUCUAGUUUUAAAGUCUUAUUUUAGACUUUAAAACGUUAUUACUAGUAGGGCCUUCACUAAAAAGUUAUGUAGCUUUGAGCAGUUUCCUGUGAUAGUGUAGUGUGGCCUUACAAAAUAUGUUUACAAUCGCUUCAGUUUGUUUUAGUAUUGUUUGAGUCAUUUCCAAGUUUGCUUUUUUAUUUUUGUAUAAGUUUAUUUGUCUUCCUUAGCCUAGUGUACAAAAGCCAUUGCGUCAGUCUUGUCCAUGGAUAGGAUAACUGUUUUGACAAAUACCGUAAUAUUCAAUGUUCUGUUGUGAUACUAUGUAAGAAUACAGUGAACAAAUACACAUAAACAUGUGCCAAACUGACCUGAAAAUCUGUAUGUUGUGGCUUUAGCUUUAUCAAAAUCGAUAGCUAUUGUAAAAUCAAUUUAAAAGCACUCAUUUUAAGGUUUCAGUCUGUUUGGUGAUACAUAAUUGUGCACAUCAGGAUAUGUGUAUGGUGUUUUGUUAUGUUUAAUUAUUAUGUGUUUUUUAUUGAAUGAGACUAAAGCACAAAGUAAACUAAGACAAUUAUAUAUAUAUUCAGGUCUCUCUAAACCUGUAUGACUUUCUUUCAGCCGUGGAACACACAAGUGAAUGUUUAAUAAGCUGUUCUUUUCAGAACAAUGAAUGUUUUUUAAGUAGUUUGAAGCCAUAUGAUAGCUGCGUAUGAGAAACAUACCUAAAGUAAGUAUUAUUAACUUUUUAAAAUGUACAUUAUUAUACAUUAUUAACUAAAACUAUCUGUAGGAAUUAAAAUUUAAAUCAGACAAUAUAUUUGGAAAUAGGAAUAUGCUAUAUGCUAAGAGAUUAGCUAUAGUAUUGCUUUUAAUAUAGAUAUAAUAUAAUAAAGAGACUUUGAAUGUAGUGCAUAGGAGUAUCUACUGUGCAGUAGACUCGUUUAUGGUACUUCAUGGUUCUUGUCUUUGACACCCCUGGGUCACUGUACUGUAUGAUUUCAUUGUUUUGAAAAGAGCAUGUAUACAUUGUUCAAAGCAUCUUAUGUAUUCCACACAAGACAAAAAUCAUACAGGUUUGUGAGGGCAUGACAAUUUGUAAAUUAUAUAUUUUAAUUUUUUGGGUGAAAUAUUGCUUUAAGAAAUUAACCACAUCUCCAAAACAGUAUCAGAGAAGAAAAAUGAAUUGGUCUUUUAUGUAAUUUAGAGUUUUAUUGAACAGUUUCAUGUGUACCAGAUGUAUUUGAAUUUUAAAUUGUAUUUGGAAGGUGCUCCAAUAUGGACAGCCCUUUGUCACCGUCAAUGAACAUCAAAUGUUUUUAGUGUAUUUUAUAUGUGGAAAAUGUAAUGCAGUGUUUAUACCAUUGAUACAAACUAGUGGGGACAAAUAUUGUGUUUGAUUACUGUUACUGUAAAUGUUUGCUAGAUUUAUAUUCUAUAAAAGUAAAUAUAUGAACUUUGAAACUUGAAUAUGUACCUGGAAAUAUAAUAUAAUAAAGAGAUAAUGAUAUAUAACAA